GGCCUCGAUCUCGGUUUCAGAUUGCCAAUUGACCAUGGUGGGUUCGUGCUACGGGACCGACGGGCUCGGCUGGAUGAUCGAGGGAGCAAGCGCGCCGAAAGAGGGCGGGAUGACUCGAGCGGCGGAAGGGAGACGCGGGCUAUAUAGGCUAGGCAGCUGGGCAUGUUGUGCGGAGAAGACUGGGCGGGCGUGGGGAUCGAGGCGGCCUUCGCUGCGAACAUCUCCGGGCGUCCUUCUGUCUCGACCCUGCGAAGAUCCACCACGCCCUCCUCCUGUCACAUGUCACACAUGUCACCCUCCACUCUCUCCUUCUCCUUUCCUCUCCGGCUCUGCGCCCUUGUCCAUAUGCUUGCCCUCGUAUUCGCCUUUCUGACAGCUUGUUGUAUCUUGGCUAACCACCCUAGUGCACUACUGGACACUACUCGGACGGCCUGUCUGCGACAGAAAGCUCCCAAGGGUCAGCUAAGCAGCCGCCCACAAAUCCGUAUAGAAUUCCUCUUUGAAUUUGAGGGUGCCCGCAAAGGAAACCUUCCACGGCGGGCAGCCCGAGUUCCUUCAUAUUGGCCAGAAAUGGCUAUGCGUGACCCCCGGGACGAAGCAGUACGUCACGUAAGAACUCUAGUCCUUUGGAGUCCAAGAACAUAUCGGGACCUUAAGCGUGCCUGCUCCCGACGAAUGCAAGUCUCGUCUACUCAGAGGCGCUCUUCGACGUCGCUGCGGGGUGCGCUGGCUCCUGCUGGCCCUAGCUAUUGCCCGCGGCCAGUUGGCGCUCUGUGCGUGAGCCUCCUCGUCGGGUGAACACUUCAGUCCGGUAGCAACGAGGCUACCAUCCACCGGGUCCCAUCGUGUUCGCCAGUCUCACACUAACAUUGACCAGGCCACACCCAUCCUUCUCCUCUCGCGCGCACAGUUAACGUUCUACCCUCACGAAUGCACCAUCGCAUGCCCUCGCGACCUUCCUGUGUCUCCGCGUCUCACCAUCAGAUGCCAGACGCGCCCGCCGCCAGAUUCCGGACAUAGAUCACGCCAGUUACCGUCAACCUCUCUGAUUUCGCGUCCGUGCUGCCCUCCGUGGCUCGCGUGCAGGCGAGUGGGAAAGCGCAGUCUGGUCCAUAUGU